GGAAAAUCAGGAAAAUUAAACGAAUUGGCUUUUGACUCAUAAGUCAAAAUCUUUAUUUAGGAUUUUUGUUAGGAAAUAAGUAAUUAUUGAGUCGUUCGAAAAGUUGAAAAGAGCCGCCAAUUGGAAUCGGGUAUCCACUUUAGAGCAGCGUUUCUCGUCGGAAUUCAUGGCGUCCGGAGCAACGAACAUCGAUUCCGACCUAGACGACGAUGAACUCGCUUACGACUUGCAAAUGGAAGAAGUCAUUGCCGCUUCACUCAAUUUCCUCCCCUCUACUUCUCACUCUCCUCCACCAUCGACUUCAUCUCGACCAUCCCCAUUCCCCGAUGAUGAUUCUGAGAAUCACGAUGCGAUUAUGUUAUUGGACGAUGACGCUUCGGUGGGCGACGACGGGUUGGAACAUCGGCUUAAUGACCUCGUUGCCGAAGACUUUAUCAACGUCUCUGAUGACGAGUGGGGAGGCUACGAUUGGAUGUCAUACCGUACGAGUAUGUCUGCUCUCAAGUUAUGUAAUCCUUUGUUUGAUCCCGACAGUUCCAGAUUGUAUUUCAAGGGUUUGGUUAACGAAGAGAGUGUCAGAGAUGAAACAGUGACUGUGGUGGCUGUUUUCGAUCCGAGAGAGAAUUUAAUGAUGGAAGUGAAGAGGCCAUUGGAAACUGUUAGAGAACGCGGGGCUAUCAGUCCAGUGGUCGCUGAGCUUAUGGCUUUGAUCGAAGGGCUUGAAGCGGCUCUUGUUUUUCCCUUGAAAAGAGUUUCCUUCUUCUGCGAUGAUCGUGCGCUUUACCGAUAUAUUACAGGCAGAUUAAGGCCAAAACUGAGGGAGGUUGAAAGAUUAGUCGACCAAGUGGGUCUUCUACGAGGGUACUUCAGUUAUUGUGAGCCCUUUUUGGUGGAACCAAAUGAUGUGAAAUAUGCCUUUAGCUUAGCAAAUGGCUUCCCUGCUAUAGAAACUGGGGACAGUAGGAAGUUUGUGGAAAAUUGUAAGAUUUGUUAUGAAGACAGGGAAUUGGAUCAAAUGUUUACAAUCGAUGGUUGCCUUCACCGGUACUGUUUUUCUUGCAUGAGAAAGCAUGUAGAAGUGAAGUUUCUUGGUGGUUCUGUGGCAAAAUGUCCUCAUGAAGGUUGUGAAUCUAUAGUGAGAGUUGAGAGUUGUGAUAAGCUUCUCCCACCCAAUGUAAUUGAAAUCAUACAACAACGGUUAAAGGAAUCUUCCAUCCCCUUUUCAGAUAAAGUUUAUUGCCCACAACCCAGAUGCUCUGCUUUAAUGUCAAAAACUGAAGUUUUGGAGUAUACAAAAGAGAUUUAUAAGAAUGCAAAGCAAUCUGGCACCAGGAAAUGCGUGAAAUGCCACCAACUUUUUUGCAUCAAAUGCAAAGCCUCCUGGCACGUCAAUAUGACUUGUGAGGCCUACAAGAAGUCAAGCCAUAACACUCAAACGGCAGAUGCGAAGCUGAAGAUUCUAGCCAGAGAGAAGUUAUGGCGAACAUGUGCAAGAUGCAGUCAUUUGGUUGAACUUUCAGAAGGAUGCUACCACAUCAUUUGCAGAUGUGGAUAUGAGUUUUGCUAUACGUGUGGAGCUGAAUGGAAGAACAAGCAACCAACGUGUUCUUGUCCCAUAUGGGACGAAGAGAACAUCAUAAAUGAUGAACUGUAAAGGAUCAACCGGAGGUGACAGUUUGUGAGAUUUGCUUGAAGAAUUCAGAUGGACUCUGGUAAAUAUUUUUCACUUUCUUAUGGAAUUAGUUAAGAUUAUAGUACCUGCAGGCUGCAAAGUUGAAAUUACUUUCAGUAUUAACUUUGUUCUUUCCACUGAAUCUUGACAGUUCGUAUUAACAAUAAUAAAAAGAAGGAAAGUUUGGGUUCUA